AGUCAAUGUCAGCCAAAAAGAGACGGGGGUGCCGAGUGCUGAGCUGCUCAGUUCGCCGUGAGGACCCUCUCGCACAAACAAUGAAGUCGCGCUGUCAGCUGUUGCUCGCCGCCCUGACGCUGUCGGCAGUCGCGUGCGCUUUGGGCGACUGGCCGCAGUGCGCCUCGCCGGAUGGCACCAUCGUCAACUUCCACGUCGACGGCUGCAAGCAACCCGACACUUGCGUCCUUAAGAAAGGAACCUUGGCCAACGUGACCAUCGCCUUCAACUCCAAGGUGGCCAGCAAAGGCGUGAACGUCAAGGUGCACGGUGUGAUCCACGAGGUGCCCCUACCGUUUCCGCUGCCGCAGCCGGACGCCUGCCAGAGUGGCGUGGCGUGCCCAAUCAAGCCGCAGGGCAGUUACACCUAUCGCGGCUCGUUUCCCGUCAAAUCCUCGUACCCGUCCAUCUCGCUCAAUAUCAGGUGGGAGUUGGUCGACGACCAUGGCAACGACCUCGUCUGCCAGCUGAUCCCCGUUUCCAUCAGCAGCUGAGCAUCUCGACUUCCUGACCAGGCUGUUCGUCAGUGUGACUGCUGACCUCGAAGGAUUAAAAAGUUCUAUUUGCCCCGUUUCA